CAUUCUUCUAACACAGCAUAUAGCAAUCACCAACCUUCUGAGAAACAAAAACUCUCUGUUCUAUCUAUCGCGUUUUCUCUUAACUUCAUCUUCUACAAUCAACAAUGGUGGUUCCAGUUAUCGAUUUCUCGAAGCUUGAUGGUGAAGAAAGGGGUACUACCAUGGCUCAGAUCCAUAAUGGAUGUGAAGAAUGGGGAUUUUUCCAGUUGGUGAACCACGGAAUUCCUGAGGAGCUUCUGGAGAGAGUUAAGAAAAUCAGCUCAGAUUGUUAUAAGCUCGAACGAGAAGAAAACUUCAAGAAAUCGAAGCCUAUGACAAUGUUGAAGGAGCUUGUGGAGGAGAAAAGUGACAGGAAAUUGGAUGGAGUUGAUUGGGAAGAUGUUUUUCUUCUUACUGAUGACAAUGAAUGGCCUUCUAAACUUCCUGGAUUCAAGGAGACAAUGGCAGAGUACAGAGCAGAACUGAAGAAACUAGCAGAAAAAAUGAUGGAAAUCAUGGAUGAGAAUCUAGGUCUGACAAAAGGCUACAUUAAGAAAGCCUUCAACAAUGGAGGCUCCUCCUCCACUGAAGAAGAAGAAGUCACUGAGAAUGUUGCCUUCUUUGGCACCAAGGUGAGCCACUACCCACCCUGCCCUCACCCCGAGCUCGUGACGGGCCUACGGGCCCACACGGAUGCCGGUGGGGUAAUCCUCCUCUUUCAAGAUGACAAAGUUGGAGGUCUACAGAUGCUUAAAGAUGGAGAAUGGAUUGCCGUACAACCUGUACCAAACGCCAUAGUUAUCAACACAGGGGAUCAGAUCGAGGUUUUAAGUAAUGGACGGUACAAGAGUGCAUGGCAUCGGGUUUUGCCUACUUCUGACGGGGUUAGACGGUCUAUUGCCUCGUUCUAUAACCCGUCCUACAUGGCAUCUAUUGCCCCGGCCCCACAGCUCGUCGAGGAAGUGAAAAAGGCGGACGAGGAGGAGGAGGUGGUGGAGAAAUCUGAGGUGGAAAGUCUAAAGUAUCCAAGAUUUCUGUUUGGAGAUUACAUGUCUGUUUAUGCAGAACAGAAGUUCCUGCCUAAAGAACCCAGGUUCCAAGCUGUUGUUAAAGCUGUGUAAAUUUUCUGUGUUUUUCUAAAAAAAAAGUCUUUGUUUUUUUUAUUUUGUCCUUUUUUUUUGGGUGCAUUUCUAGUCUACCCUCUAAUUCUGGGUUGGUGAAUGCCCUUGUAGUAUUAUUAUGAUGUUAAGUAAUCUUAAGAAGUUGGAUUAAUGUACUCCUUAUUCUGUAAUAUAAACUUCAUUUUUUUUCUUCA